AUGUCAGGGCCAUGGACGACGAUGAUGAUUUCCAGCAGGAGGAAAGCGUUGGGGGCGGCAUCAACUUUGGCGAUGACGACCUGUAAACCCCUGCGUGUGUUUUGGUUCUCUUCUCUCCACGUUUUGUACUUGCUUUGCUCCCUGGCGUGUGGCCACCACAUAAACAGGACCACUGUUCUUCUUGCCCAACAGGCCUCCCGACGUGGUAGAGAACGCACGCCACCUGUCCCGUCCAUCAAAACACGCAGAACGAGCACAUCCGCUGUUGGUGCAAUGAAUGGAUUCUAUUAA